AUGGCAGGCAUUGUUGCAACGAGUGCCACCAGCACAACAUCCUUUGCCACGACAACCAGCACUUUCGAUGACUCAUUGGUCGUUGCUCCUCUAUUUCUGACUGAGGAGGACGAUGCCGUUGUGGCAGUGAGCGUCAUCGGAUCCUUGAUCGGCCUAGGACUCUUCCUACUGAAGAAGUAUGGCCUCGUAAAGCUUAGCUUCAUGAAAGCUUUGAAGCCAUCGAGGCUGUGUUCCAGAUGGAAGACGAAGGUCAAAAGCAUUGAGGAGACAGCGACGAAGGUGUCCACCGAUGGCUUGGAUCGCCAUGGAUAUUUUUGCGGGGAAAGUGAUGAACUUUGGACCAGUGGCUGGCCACCGCAACCAGAGGUGUCCAUUCCCGCAGUGCAGGGCGGGGAAGAGCUGUUGGUGAAAUUGCAGGACUUCUUCAAAGCCCGCGCCGCCACCGGCGCCGGCGCAGACGCUACGGCGUUGCCUGAGCUCCUGGAGCAAUGGAAGAAGAGCAUGGCGUUUGGAGAGGCGCAAGUGACCAUUGCGGAGAUCGUGAAAGAAGUCCUUUCCGAUCCUGUCGCGCUGAACGGUGAUGAUCCCUUUGUCAGCCUUGAGAGAUUCGACCCCGUCAUCCAGAACGCAUGGCAGAAGCACGUGCGAUCAGCAGAUCAGCUUCCACAAGAGAAGCGGGAAGAACUCUUUGAAGCCGGCGAAGAUCUCAUCCGAAUCGUCAGGCGGACCGUCAACGCCAAAUCUGCUCCAGAUGCUGUCCUGAAAGAUCUCAUAGAAGUACGACAAGAGUGGCGCAAUCGUUGGCCCUUUGAAGAUCCGGCAGCUGCUGUGGCAAUCCAAAGUAUCGAGAUGGCUGUCACCAGUGCAGUCAUCCAGAAGAUCCACGGCCAGACGCCCAAAUCCUCGCGCCCCGAAAGCUCCACGGUGGAGCUCCGCGAUCCUCACAGCCUCGACGCGGAGCUGCCGGAACCAGAGGAUGCCGCGGAGCCCAAAAUGGAGAAGAGCAAAAGUCUCAAGGAACGCUUGGAGGAGCUUUCCAGCAACAGUAAACAAAAGACGGUGGAGAUGAAGCUUCGCACUGCUGGCGAUCAGCUGCUGGUGGAACUAUCGAAUGUCCUUGAGACGCGAGAAGCUUUCCCGGCAGAGGCCGUGUCAAAGACGGUGACGCAGUGGCAACAGCGGCAGGUGGGUCUCCUGCCUGACGCUGCAGCAAAUGUGGCGCAGAUGGCACAGCUGGCACGGAGUGUGAUUUCCCGUGCACCUGGCAAAGACUUCGCAGGGCUGCGGGCCGCAAUUGAAGAGGCUUGGAAGCAAGGAAAAAUCCCUGACACCAUGCCUGAGGCGAUGGCAGAGAGCAGUCCAGUGGAUGUGAAUGCUGCAGCCAUGAAGUCAGCGGAGGUGUUGGAAGCUGGAGAAGAACUGCUGGCACAGUUGGAGCAUAGAUCUUUGCAGUCAAGGUCGCUGGAGACCCCGGAGCUGAACGCCAUCUGCGAAGAGUGGAAGAUCGAGCAGCUGAAGGCUCAAGGAGUCGUCGUGGAGUCCGAGACCGGGCGCCUGGUGGAAGGCUUGGCCGAUUUCUUGAAGACCUCCAUGCUGCGCAGUGCUGUGGGACCAUUGGGCACCUCUCAAGUUCGUGAGGCAGUGCAGGUUUUGAAGGCUACAGAAGCGCUUCUGGAGCAACUGACAACCGCUGAUCCUCAGGACUUGGAAGCAGAUUUACUGAAAUUGUCCGAAAACUGGAAACAGCAACAGCUGGGCCGCUUGGACGGUAACGAUGAAGCGGUGAAGCGAUGGGUUGAGUCGCGGGUGGCCGCCACGAAUCUCGUAUUGAAACAAGAAGCGCAGAGUGUUGAUGGUAUGCUGGGACAGAUCAACAUCGAGAAGUUACGGCCACAGCUCCAGGAGCUCUGGUUGGAGUCUGCCGGCCCCAAGACCCUGGGCCACCUGCAGCCGGACGCGCUGCCGGAGGCGGCGCCGCAGGGGUCGGCCUUUGGCGACCGGGUGGUGGAUGUGGUUCAGAGCGGCGAAGCCUUCAGCGAGGCCCGGGAGGAGCUCUUCCGUGAGGUCACCAAGGAUGGCACGAAGUCUGUGGAGGAGUUGGUCCGUUCCUGGCAGCAAGACCUGGCUUCGGUGCAGGUGGCGCACCUAACUUCAGGCCUGGCGAAGGUGGUCACGGAUGCAGCCGCCUUGGGCCAGCUGAAGAAUGUGGAGGCAGGGCCAGUCCUCACCAUGGUAGACCUUGGUCGAGUCUCAGGUUGCAUUGGAAAACAGAGCAGCGACAAAAGCUCGCUCUCCCGCGCAACUGUCAUGGCUGAGCUCCCCAUAGAGCAACAGAUCGUGGCCAAGUUCAAAGAGAUCAGAGAGUUGGCUCUUCAAUAUGACUUGGCUCUUCAAGAAGACUUGGCUCUUCAAGAUGAGGCGGCGGCCGAGGUGUGGGACAUUGCGUCCUCCAUACGGAAGUUGGCGAUGGAGAUCCAAGAAUUGCUUGGUGUUUCCCCUGAUGAAGCAUAUUCGGAAAACCCGGAACCAGAAGGGCAGGACCAUCAGGACCAGGAACAGGAGACUGUCUGGGAGUUGUUCGAAGCCAUUCGCCACUCUGCAAACGAUAUGGCUCGUGUAGAUGCAAGGCCUUUGCGGAAAGCAACGUGUACAAAAAUCAUUGAUGCUGCGCGGAGAGCUGAGAAGCUGCUCCAUCCGUUGCUGCGGGUGGAGGUAUACCCUGAGGAGAUGGCUCCAGAUGCCGCUGAGUCAGCUGCCUUCACGCAUCCCACAGUCCCAUCUCACCCGGACGCACGCCUUGCGGGAACAGUCACGAAAGUGACAUGGAGUGAGACACGGACACAAGGGACGACACAAGGGGAGGCCCAACUGGCGGACCUACCUGAAAAGAACUUUGGGGGUGGGACCGAGACAAAAAUGCAGGAAAUGGAACACACACUUCUGGAGUUGCAGAACAAACACAGAAAUCGAAGUCACCCAGACAUUGCUGCAACAGUUCAUGCGUUGGGCUUGCUGAGUCGCGAGGCUGGAGAUCUCAUCCACGCCAAACUGCGGCUGGAGGAGUCCUUGCGAAUGAAGCGCUCCUUUCAUGGAGAUAGGGAUCACCCAGACAUUGCUGCAACACUUCAUGAGUUGGGCUUGGUGAGUCGCCAGGCUGGAGAUCUCUACCACGCCGAACUGCAGCUGGAGGUGUCCUUGCGAAUGAAGCGCUCCUUUCAUGGAGAUAGGGAUCACCCAGACAUUGCUGCAACACUUCAUGAGUUGGGCUUGGUGAGUCGCCAGGAGUCCUUGCGAAUGAACCGGUCCUUGCAUGGAGAUAUGGAUCACCCAGACAUUGCUGCAACACUUCAUGGGUUGGGCUCUCUGAGUCUGCAGGCUGGAGAUCUCACCCAAGCCAAGCAGCAGCUGGAGGAGUCCUUGCGAAUGAACCGGUCCUGCCAUGGAGAUACGGAUCACCCACACAUUGCUGCAACACUUCAUGAGUUGGGCUUGGUGAGUCGUCAGGCUGGAGAUCUCACCCAAGCCAAGCAGCAGCUGGAGGAGUCCUUGCGAAUGAACCGCUCCUUGCAUGGAGAUAGAAAUCACCCAGUGAUUGCUGCAACAGUUCAUGCGUUGGGCUUGCUGAGUCGCGAGGCUGGAGAUCUCACCCAAGCCAAACUGCGGCUGGAGGAGUCCUUGCGAAUGAAGCGGUCCUUGCAUGGACAUAGUGAUCACCCAGUGAUUGCUGCAACACUUCAUGAGUUGGGCUUGCUGAGUCUGCAGGCUAGACAUCGCACCCAAGCCAACCAGCAGCUGGAGGAGUCCUUGCGAAUGAACCGGUCCAGUCACAGAGAUACGGAUCACCCACACAUUGACAUUGCUGCAGCACUUCAUGGCUUGGGAUCUUUGGGUCUGCAGGCUGGAGAUCUCACCCAAGCCAAACUGCAGCUGGAGGAGUCCUUGCGAAUGAAGCGGUCCUUGCAUGAAGAUAGAAAUCACCCAGUGAUUGCUGCAACACUUCAUGCGUUGGACUUGCUGAGUCUGCAGGCUAGACAUCUCACCCAAGCCAAGCAGGAGCUGGCGGAGUCCUUGCGAAUGAAGGUGUCCUUGCAUGGAGAUAGGGAUGACCCAGCGAUUGCUGCAACACUUCAUGCGUUGGACUUGCUGAGUCUGCAGGCUGGAGAUCUCAUCCACGCCAAACUGCGGCUGGAGGAGUCCUUGCGAAUGAAGCGCUCCUUUCAUGGAGAUAGGGAUCACCCAGACAUUGCUGCAACACUUCAUGAGUUGGGCUUGGUGAGUCGCCAGGCUGGAGAUCUCACCCAAGCCAAACUGCAGCUGGAGGAGUCCUUGCGAAUGAAGCGGUCCUUGCAUGAAGAUAGAAAUCACCCAGUGAUUGCUGCAACACUUCAUGCGUUGGACUUGCUGAGUCUGCAGGCUAGACAUCUCACCCAAGCCAAGCAGCAGCUGGCGGAGUCCUUGCGAAUGAACUGGUCCUGUCACAGAGAUACGGAUCUGCGGGCUGAUCUCACCCAAGCCAAACUGGAGCUGGAGGAGUUCUUGCGAAUGAUGCGGUCCUUGCAUGGAGAUAACGCAGUGAUUGCUGCAACACUUCAUGCGUUGGACUUGCUGAGUCGCGAGGCUAGAGAUCUCACCCAAACCAAACUGCAGCUGGAGGUGUGCUUGCAAACGAUUCGCUCCUUUUAUGGAGAUAGGGAUGACCCAGUGAUUGCUGCAACACUUCUGUUGGACUUGCUGAGUCUGCAGGCUGGAGAUCUCAUCCACGCCAAACUGCGGCUGGAGGUGUCCUUGCGAAUGAAGCGCUCCUUUCAUGGAGAUAGGGAUCACCCAAGCAUUGCUGCGACACUUUAUGAGUUGUGCUUGGUGGGUAGUCAGGCUGGAGAUUUCACCCAAGCCAAGCAGAAGCUUAUUGAUUGCUUCCGAAUCUCUAAAGGUUUCAGUUGUACUGGACAGUCAGCUUACCCAGGUCAGCAACUUCCAGACAAAUCGCCAGCAGCAUUGAAGGAGGUGGGCCAAAGCAUGCUGGAAGGUAACGUGAUCGAACAACUGAGCAAACUCACUGGUGUGCUCGGCGGGAAUUUCUCAGUGGCAAAGGCCCUUAACAAGUCUAACUUGUUGAAAGGUUUGAAGCGCCAAGUCACACGAUACAUAUCUGAAGAACUGUCUAUUUUGGAUUCCACUCCGGCAGCAGUUUUGGAUGAGUGGAAGCAAGCGCAGACACAUGCCGCACAAUUGGUUGAAUUGUGUCUAUGUUUCGGCGAAGAUACGGUGUCCCACCGGGCAGAGCAAAACCCACCAGGCAUUGCUGUUGACGCGGCCUCUGGCCGGGCUGUCCAGUCCGCGAAGUCAAAGAGAGUGGUACAAAAGCGGGGGGUUCGUUGGGGACCCUUCUUGCUGUCGCCCAUUGUGCCGCAAGGAGGACAAACCGGGUGGGGAGCCAUUUGCGGCUUGCACCACAACAGAGGAGAUGGAAGUGGCUCGAGGUGCAAGAAAGCUUUGAGCAUGGGCCGGUUGAGCCACAGCGCUUGCAUAUUACGAUUGAAACGGUGGCUUCUAGCCGGGCUCAAUGAUGCAGAGCUUUCUGUCCAGAACGCUCGGUCAGAUCAUGUGGCCAUGGGAGGACCUGGCUUACAAGCUUUUGCCGAAGGCCCCUCAGAAGAAGAGAUCGACGAGAAAAUUCGUGAUUGGAUUGGUUUUAGCCCAUUGCCAGAGCUGACUAAAGACAGAGCAGACAAGUUUCACCUGAACAAUGCGCGACAGGUCCGUGCCGAAUGGCCAGUCUUCCUGGGUCAGACUUUGGAGGUCUGUCUGAAGGCGGUUUUGAUGACAAGGCCAUGGAGUUCCUACAGGAAAGUCUUUGACAAGGCCUCUGGUGUCACGUACCGGGUUCCCCAGUCCAAGUUGUGUAGUUUGUGCCGGAAUGUCUGGAAGCUCUUAGGCUUUUCCCACAAGUACGGAAACAUAGCCAAAUAUCUGAAGAUGAUCGCAGAGAAGAGAGUUGACCAUGCCGUUUUCCUGGCCAGUCUGGACGAAUGGAUCAAGAAGCACAAUGCAAACCCAAACAAGCACAGGCUCCGCAAUGCAGAUGAUAAGGACUCUGUCCGGGACGCAAAAGAGAAACUGGUUACCAAGGACGAGCAUGGCUGCGAGUUUGAAGCCCCUGACAUGUUCUUUGUUGAGGUGGACAACUGGAAGCCUGAAUACGGCCCACUGGAGGAGGCAAAGAUUGAGGAAAGUUCGGAACCAGUUCAACUGGAACUCGGGUUGCGCUUAGACAAGCGGGCGAAACAAAGGGAGAAGGACGCUGAGAAGAAACAAGGAGCACCCGCUCCCCCUCAGAGUUGGGUCGAGCAGCACAUGCAGUUUGCCCAAAAUUACCGGGUGCGUUGGGGGCAAGCUGUCCCAGCAAAAUUGGCCGCCAAUCAGUGGUACCAGACUUUGGGUGACCGUGAGCAAGACGCUUUGUCUUUGCUGCAGCAAUGCACCCCGUACAUUGUGUUCCGAGAUUUGUCUCAGUCAAUCGUGCGAGGAAAUUCGAACACCUGGAGACAAGAUUCCAGCAAGCAUGUCAUGAGCACAGCUUUCCAACCUUUCUUGCAAAUUUUGGCAGCGCGCAUGGAGACCAUGCCUUUGGCGCAGCAAUGGCAUCCUUCUGAAGCGCUCAUGAUGGACCUGGCAGGCAACGCCAUGGCAUUGCCAGUAGUCCUUGCUAUGGUACAAUGUGCGCUGGCUCCUUUAAAUUGGAAAGAUCGGACUCUAUCCGGGCAAGCAGUUCAGUUGGCUUUGUCACAGACCGAGGAGAUGGCCCUUGCCCUUGGGGCAAUGGAAGCUUUGGAUUCAACUGCUCCCAUGGAAAGCAAGCCUCAGGCCGAGAUCGCGAUGAGUGCUCUGGAUGAGCGAAUCUACAAGAGAGCUAGAAAAGGUGCUUUGGCACAAGCAGAUGGAGAAGGCAGCUUGUUUUCCAACGCCCUUUUCGGAAAUCAGUCGGUGAGGAACCAGUGGAAUGGGGUGCUUCAAGAUAGUGGAAGGCUCAUGAAGGAUCUUGACAACAUCCUGAAAAGCAGCUUUGCCAGGUUAGGUGACGAUUUGAGCCCCGACGUCAAGGCCGAGUGCGACUCCUGGACGUCCAAGCAGCUGGCGUCGCAGAAGUUGGCGCCGGACUCGGGCCUGGCAGACCUCUACCGAGGGUUCGCCGAAGUGGUGCACUCCGUCGCCGUGAACGCCGAGGAGGUGACCGUGGCCAAGGCUGACAGUAGCUUCGAGGGCCUGAAAGGUCAGAUCCAGGAUGCCUGGCGCCAACGUAUGGGAGACACUCGCGGCCAGGAGAGAGGUCCUGAGCCCAGCAAGAGCCAGGACGCUGAAAUGCAACUGGAGAAGAUUAAGCCAUCGAAGGUGCUGAAAGAUGGCGAAAAGUUGCUGCGCAACCUGGAGGACGUCUUCAGAUGCAGCUGGGCCAGGCCGGGUGAGGACUUGAUGCCGGAGAUCCUGAAGCAAUGCAACGAGUGGACCAACAAACAGGUCCAGGCCGGCGGCACCAAGGCCUCCAAGGCCAUGUACCAAGGCUUUGCUGAAGCGGUUCAGUCAGUUGUUCAAGUGCAUGCCGUGGAUGACAAAGUAGUGGGAGAUGCUGAAUUCUUUCAGAAGUUGGAGACAGACAUCAAGGAGACCUGGAAGCAACGCAACCAGCCGGCCCAGGCGGCCAUGCAGGAAACCGCCCAGCAUGUGAAACAGUCGAACGAGCUGAGCAAGGACCGCCGUGCGCCUAAGACUGAACGGCAUGGCAAGAGCCAGGCUGUCCAAGAUGCCAAGCAGUUCUUGCAGGAAAUGGAGGCGCUCUUCGAGGACGGCGUCGCGAUGGACGCCAGCCGCCUGAUGGAGCGUGGCCAGGCGUGGCGCCAGGAACGGCUAUGA